GACAAACUGAACUUCUCUCCAUCAGACGAACUUUUCCUGCCGUUUUCGACCGCCAUGGUUCCUCCGACCAACCCCAGCUACAAGGGCCGCUACAGCGAGCCGGUGCCGGUCUCCAACCUCAAAGACUUCGGCGACGACUUCGCCGAGUUCGAGCCUUUUGACGGCAUCGACGAGGCGACGCCGCGGUCCUACCCUGGAGGAGCCACGCUGACGGUGGAGAACGUGGACAUGAGUCAGCAGAUCAACAAACCCAAACACUACACCACCGCCUACGAAACCCAGAACCUGGUGGUCCGCCGAGGACACGAGUUCGUGGUCCGGGUGUCCUUCAACCGAGAGCUGGUCCAGGAGGACGACUUCCAGCUGGAGUUCCUGAUCGGCUCCAACCCGUCGGCCAACAAGGGCUCCCUGGUGGUGGUGACCUUCGGGUCCCGUCGUGGAGGCCCCUGGGCCGGCCAGAUCCUGGAGAUGCAGGGCAGCUCGGUGCUGCUCGGCGUCACGCCGUCGCCCACCGCCAUCGUGGGGAAAUACCGGACAUAUGUGGCCAUAUCGGUGGGCAGCGGCAUGCAGCGGACCAAGAGAAACGCCGCCACCGACCUCUACAUGCUGUUCAACGCCUGGUGUCCAGAGGACCCGGUGUUUCUUGCCAAUGAUUCGGAGAGAAUGGAGUACGUCCUGAACGACUUUGGCAUCAUCUACCAGGGUUCCAUGGGCUCCAUCAUCUCCCGGUCCUGGGUGUAUGGACAGUUCGAACCUGGAAUCCUGGACGCCUGCAUCUUCAUCCUGGACUCGUCCCGGAUGCCGAUCUACAACCGAGGCAACAUCAUCAAGGUGGUCAGGAAGGGAUCCGCCAUGAUCAACUCUCAGGACGAUAACGGCGUCGUGGUGGGGAACUGGAGCAACGACUACUCGAUGGGCAUCGCCCCGACAGCCUGGACUGGCAGCGUGGCCAUCCUGCAGCAGUACGCCAACACCGGGACCCCGGUGUUGUACGGCCAGUGCUGGGUGUUCGCUGGAGUCUUCUGCACCUUCCUGCGGUGUCUGGGAAUCCCCACCAGAGUCAUCACCAACUUCUCCUCAGCCCACGACAACACAGGAAACCUGAAGACCGACCUGAUCUUCAAGUUGGACGGGACGCCGGACCGACGGGCCACCAGGGACUCCAUCUGGAACUACCACUGCUGGAAUGAGUGUUGGAUGACUCGUCCAGAUCUUCCUGCAGGAUACGGAGGAUGGCAAAUAGUGGAUGGAACGCCUCAGGAGACCAGCGACGGUCAUUUCCGCUGUGGUCCAGCGUCCGUCGCUGCCAUCAAGGAGGGGAACAUCUGUCUCCCGUUUGACUGUGGAUUCGUCUUCGCUGAGGUGAACAGCGACGUGGUUUUCCAUAAGAAGGACCGAUACGGAACGAUGGAGGUGUUCAAGGUGGAUACGACUCACAUUGGACAGGGUCUGUUCACCAAAGCUCUGAGCAGCAAUCAGUACGUGGACGUCACCCGCACCUACAAACACCCUGAAGGUAGUGAGGCGGACAGCCAGAGUAUGACUCGGGCGGAAGAAUACGGCUGUGACAGGGAUCACUCUGACGUACCGGAGGGACAGCUGUCUGCUGGCAUCACCUGUGAACUGACUCAGCUGGGUUCAGACAUUGAACUGCUGGUGACUCUGACCAACCACGGAGACGUCAACAGGGAUGUCAACUGUCACCUGGACGUCUCCGUCAGCUUCUACACCGGCGUCGACGCCAACCACUUCAAAGACUUGGACUUCACCAUCACUGUGGCAGCCAAGCAGAAAAACAGCGUGAUCGUGAAGAUCCAGGCUGACGAGUACCUGCCUCACCUCAACGGUCAGGACAGCAUUCGCUUCAUUCUGAGUGGUUCCUCCGAGGACCAGUCGGUCAGCGCCAUCAAGGUGGUGACCCUGCAGAGCCCAACGCUCACCCUGACGGUGAGCGGCCAACCAAGGGUUCAGCAGCAAAUGUUUGUGACUGUCUCCUUCACCAACCCCCUGAAAGACCCUCUCCAAAACGUCUACAUGUACUUGGAAGGCGCUGGAGUCAUGGCCCUCCGGAGGCGCUACAUCCCGAAAAUUGAGCCUCUAGCUUCGGUCUCCUGGAUGGAAGCGUACACUCCUCGGCUGACAGGACCCCGACGCAUCGUGGCGGUGAUGUACUGCAGCAAUCUGAGCAAUGUGUCUGGUUAUGUUGAUGUCUACAUCGGCUGACCUGCCUCACUGUACACAUCAUCUGCCUGAGUGGGCGGAGCUUGCAAAAAAAGGCACUUCCUGCUGUGAUGAUUCAUUUUUUCUUCAAAUAUGAAUUCAAUUAAACACAGAAAUCUCAACUUUAAUGAUUUUAUUCCAUAGAUAUGGAGGUUUGUGAGACUGUUUUUGAGAUGUAAAGAAACAGAAGCAGGUUAAGAUAAUUCUCCCUAUUGAUGACAAUAAAGUUUACUAGUAAUAAUGUUAAAUAUUAGAUAGACUUACAUUACACAAAUAUGCAAUCAAAAUGAAGCAAAAUACAAUGAUAGGAAAAUAAUAAUUCGGCAAUUACUAUACAAAUUAGAUUUAUUUGUAACUUUUAGGACACAUUUACAAACCAAAUAAAACAAGUUACAUUAGCAUUACAUAAACAUUAGCAUGACUCAUCUGUGAUCAUGCUAACAUGCUAGGAUGCUACUGUAGCUAUGUGACUGUAAAUCACAAUAAACAUGAGCAUGACUUCUCUGCUAACAUGCUACUUUAGCUAUAUGUCUAUAAAACACCAUAAACAUUAGCAUGAAUCCUCUGUGAUCAUGUUAACAUGCUGACAUGCUAAUUUAGCUAUGUCACUCUAGAACUCCAUAAACAUUAGCAUGGUUCCUCUGUGAUCAUGCUAACAUGCUUACACGAUACUUGUCAUUAUUAGCAGAGUGUCGCUAUUAAAUAUUAAUCAAUAAUAAUUAAAUAAAAUAAUAAUCAGUUAGAUUCAGACACAAACACACCUCCAGUUUGUGGGAUACAAACCUUCAUAUCAGUUUGUGAUUGAAAACAAAUGUGAUUUUUUAAAAAACUUUUUUCUCGUUCCUUUGUGCCUUAAAUACCUUCUAAUGAUGCUCGCUAACAAUAAAAGCAGAUUGAAAACCA